ACGGGAUGUUAGGGUUGUUGUCGGCGCGACAAGCCGGUUUGGACGACCCGCUUCGCUUCCGGAGAGCGGAGUCCACACGGAGUGUCAUGAACUAUCUCUGAAAGUUCCUUUAAUGUGAAGGUUUUUGCUAGUGUCACUUCCUCUGGGACAUCUUCAGCCUUUUCGUCACAACCACUUUGCCUCAUUUAUGUCAGGUUUUGGGACUGGAGUUAAACAAAGACAGAGAUGUUGAAAGGAUCCACGGCAGUGGAGUUAACACGCUUGAUAUUGAACCUGUUGAAGGGAGAUACAUGUUAUCAGGCGGUUCAGAUGGUGUGAUUGUACUUUAUGAUCUUGAGAACUCCAGCAGACAACCUUAUUACACAUGUAAAGCAGUGUGUUCCGUUAGCAGAAACCAUCCUGAUGUUCACAAAUAUAGUGUGGAGACUGUACAGUGGUAUCCUCAUGACACUGGCAUGUUCACAUCAAGCUCAUUUGAUAAAACUCUGAAAGUGUGGGAUACAAAUACAUUACAAACUGCAGAUGUAUUUAAUUUUGAAGAAACAGUUUAUAGUCAUCAUAUGUCUCCAGUCGCCACCAAGCACUGUUUGGUAGCAGUUGGUACUAGAGGGCCCAAAGUACAACUUUGUGACUUAAAGUCUGGAUCCUGUUCCCACAUUCUACAGGUUGUAUUUGCAGGUCACAGACAAGAAAUAUUGGCAGUUUCCUGGUCGCCACGUUAUGAAUAUAUCUUGGCAACUGCAAGUGCUGACAGUAGAGUAAAAUUAUGGGAUGUGAGGAAAGCAUCAGGAUGUUUGAUUACUCUUGAUCAGCAUAAUGGAAAAAAGUCACAAGCUGCUGAAUCAGCAAAUACUGCUCAUAAUGGGAAAGUUAAUGGCUUAUGUUUUACAAGUGAUGGGCUUCACCUCCUCACUGUUGGUACAGAUGAUCGAAUGAGGCUCUGGAAUAGUUCCAAUGGAGAAAACACACUAGUGAACUAUGGAAAAGUUUAUAAUGACAGUAGAAAAGGAUUGAAAUUCACUGUCUCCUGUGGCUGCAGUUCAGAAUUUGUUUUUGUACCAUAUGGUAGCACCAUUGCUGUUUAUACAAUUCACUCAGGAGAACAGCUAACUAUGCUUAAGGGACAUUAUAAAAGUGUUGACUGCUGUGUAUUUCAGUCUAAUUUCCAGGAACUUUAUAGUGGUAGCAGAGACUGCAAUAUUCUUGCCUGGGUACCGUCCUUAUGUGAACCAGUUCCUGAUGAGGAGGAGACUACAAACAAAUCACAGUUAAAUCCAGCAUUUGAAGAUGCCUGGAGCAGCAGUGAUGAAGAAGGAUGAAUAUCAAUCCUUAGUACUUUUGUGUCUCUAUUGAUGAAACUGUUAAAAUGGGACUUUUUUUUUUACUGUCCAGUGACAGCUAAAUUAGCCCUGAAUUUGGGUGAUUUUCCCCUCCAUGUUUUAAAAUGAAGUUAGUAUUUACAUGAAAUCCUGAAACAGACUUCUAUAUGGUUGUCUAUACAGUUGACUUCUAUAUAGUUGUCAAAACAUGUCUCCUUGAUCCAAGUUGCUGUGGCCUGGGGCAGUCCCUAUUGCUUCAGUAGAAGGAGAGAGGUCAUGGCACUCCCCCCAUGUGGGACCUUGAGCAGGUUGUGUGAACCGUAAGAUGCAGUCUAAGAGGAUGAGCAUAUGGAGGUUUUCAGCACUGACUUUCUCCUGCUGGCUGUACCAUCACCCUGUUCAUUUUCACUUUCAAGAAUGAUUUUACUAAGGAUGAUUACAUCAAAAAUAAUAGUUGAAAAGAUAGCAUCAAAAUUUUUUAUUCUUACUCAUGUAUUCGGUUUUUGCACUGAUUCAUUUAGUUGACCAUUGUCUAGCUUUAUGUUAAAUAUUUUUGGACUCAAUCCAAAAAGUACAUCACAAAAAGUUUUUAACUUGAGGAAAAGCCCAUAUUUAUUUUAAUGCAUCACAUGGCAGUUUGUACUCAUGCUUGAACUCCCUUUCUAUGAAUCGCAUUAAGAUGAGACUAAGUCCUACUUCAUUCAUUGAAGCAGAGAAUGUCUUGGCAGGGAAUCUGGCUUAAACAUGAAAUGUUGUCAUAAAAUUUCUAUUUUAUUGUCUACUCUUCUUGUGUCGUAAUCCACAAGUGAUUAUCAUUAUCUUAUAUUCCCUUUCUUCCUAAUUAUUAUCAGCAGGAGAUUAGUAAAAGAUUUGUAUGAGCUUGAAUGCCAAGUGUACAGUUGUUGAGUUUUUAAGUAAAUGUUAGGCCUCACAUCAGACCUUUCAGGCCAAAGGUUUUCCAUCUGUUUACUUUUUUUUUUUUUUUAUAAUUUUAUUUUUCCCCUCAAAGCCCCAAUAGAUAGUUGUGUCAUAGCUGCACAUCCUUCUAGUUGCUGUAUGUGGGACGCAGCCUCAGCAUGGCCGGAGAGGCAGUGUGUCAGUGUGCGCCCGGGAUCCGAACCGGGGCCGCCAGCAGCGGAGCGCACGCACUUAACCGCUAAGCCACCGGGCCAGCCCCUCCAUCUGUUUACUUUAUAGUUGAUUUUCUUAAGUCCUGACCAUUUUACUUUCGCUCUUUUUCCCCCCUUGGUGAGGAUGCUUAUGACCUUUGAGAAUGCUAUUAAAUUUGGAAAUUUUUUAUUUUAAGAAAAAAGAGGUCUUCCGCCAAACUGCAAAUAACUGCAUUGCUUCUUUCUAGUUAUAUAAAUAUACAUGCUCAUUGUAAAGAAUUCAAGCAACAUAAAAAUUUAUAAAAGAAUAUAAUGGUGAUGUGGAAUCAUACCACACUAAGGUAACCAGUACUAACAUUUUGGUGGCCAUUCUUCCAUGCAUCUCUUUAUGACACAUAAUUUUACAUAAUGAGAUGUUCAGCAUGCUGUUGUUGUCAUGGAAACUCCUCUCCUCCCACAUCAGCACCUCCCUCCCCAUCUCUUACCACUCCCACCACAGUCCAGUUUAUUAACCAAGUAUGUGUUCUUGCACAUUACAAUUCUAUAUGGACCUAUAUAAACAUAGAUGGGGAAGUAUUUUUAUUUUGCAAAAAUGGGAUAUACAGAGUUCUGUCUUGAUUUUUUUUUUCAGUAUAGCUCAUAGAAAUCCCUCUGUGUCAUUUGGUAUAACUAAAUGUAUUGACUGUA